UUUGCUUACUUUAUCAUUGUGGAAGAUAAGAUUCCUUUGCAUGGAUUCAAAUUCCUACGCUAAGUACAAUUUUCUAAGUAUUGUCCGUUUCUUUCAAACGAACACGCCGCAGUAAUCACGCAAGUGAAUGCUCAAGACUUUUUGGCAGCACUGCCAUACAUUUUGUUUUGAAUAUUACUUUCGGCAAAACUACCAACACUGCUGCACAAAACGUCAUCAAAUCAAAACAGUUCAAAACGAAAACUUGCCAGUUUCAUUUUUUCUAAAGCAGUUUGGUUUGGUUUUUCGAAAUUUAAAGAAACAGCGAUUUACGCUUUCAGCAAAAUGGAAACCUACGAAGACUACACGGACGAGGAACGUCUGGAAUGUUUCGACGACGACGAGACCGAUGCCCAGGUCAACGACCAGAACGCGAUUGAUUAUGAUCUUGAUCUAGGAGAUACACAAAUGGAGGAGGACCCGAUUGCAACCGGAAGUGAUGGUGACGUUGCCUCUGCUGGUGAGGAGGACGUGAAUGCCACCUUAGAAGAAGGGACGCACAAAUUUAGAUUUCUGGCCAAUUUCUUCGUGAAAAACUAUACACGUCAGAAAAAUGGGAUUUGCAUUAAUGCAAAAAAAAACAUUCCAGAGAUCGUUGCUGGAAACUCGGUUCCGGAGGUGGAGCAAUGUAUAUGGGAUGUUGUGAAACCAUAUUUGCGUCGUGAGGUUGACGUGGCUGAGGCCAACGGAAUCGAAGUGAGCUGGUCCGCCAAGUUGGAACCAGACCUACGUGACAUAGAAAAGUUUGUGUGGCUCAAGGACGUCAAGCGAAAGAGCGUGAUUAGGAUCGAUGCAUUGGGGGAGGGACGCAUGCUGCUAAAUUGGCGCGACAAAACGAUGCUCGUUUUUGCUUUCGCGUACUCUACGUCGAUCAGUUCGCUGGCAAUUUGGGAAAAAAUGAAUAAGCAUCUCCUCCAGCCAUCGGACUGCGAUCGGUCUGGCGCUCCGUCAAACGUUGAGCUCAACGAACUUGUGCAUGAACUGAUGGAAAAAAAUCAACACCUUGAAGCACAUCACUCAGCCUGGAUCCAGUGGGCUACAUCAAUCCAGAGUUCGCCAGCAGAUGAGCAACAAGAACUCAAGGAACGGCUGCCGCCAGCCUCGAUGCGGGGAAUGUUCUUCUCACUGCCAACCUCCGAAGGCAGUCGCCUUGAAAGUACGCGUCAGGGAUUGAUCGUGGCCGAGAACAUUCUUGACAACCUGGAGCCAACUGUCAAGAUCCUCGAAGAUCACGGCAACCAUCUCAUGAGUGUGGCGUUCGAGAUAAAGAACUCAGCACAUGCUCUGGCUGAAAAGUUCAGUUUGUGUCGUGCUAUGCUGCAGGGUAUGAAAAUGACCACGGCCCCGGAGGAGACGACACUGAGCCAGUCUCACCGUGAUGCAGUUGGAGAUAUGCUGGAUUUCGAGCACGGUCGAAAGAAGUAACUCAACUGGCUCAACUCGGAAUCUUGCUAUUUUUCGUUUUUCUCAUUUUUAUUAUCCAUUGUUAUUCGAUAUUACUGAAUAAAUAACUACACAAAAG